UAAAAAUAUUCGUCAGGGGACAAAACAUAAAAAAGAAGAGAAAAGAACUGAUACUUUUUCUUUUCUAAAAUUCGCAUCUCUUAUAAAAGUAUUCAUAUUCUUGAAAGUAUAUAGUAGUAAUAAAUUCCAAUUAUAUAAAGAAAUAGAGAAAUAUUUUGCUACAUAACUUAUGAAAAUGAAACAUAUAUAUAUGUUUAGUUUGCUCUCGUUUAGUUCACUAAAGUGUCUAAUGGAGUUUAUUUAUGGAGAUAGGUUGGGCUUUUGACUUUAUUAACCCAAGCGAAUGAGUCCAUUUUCAACGAUAUAUAUAAUUCAUUUGUCUAGACUAGCUAUGAUUUUUUGCUUUGUAAAUGAGUGAAAUUAACAAAGAAUGCACUCUCUCUAUAAAAUUAGAAAUAAUUAAGGUUCAAUUUCCACUACUAAUCUUCCUCUCAACUUAAAAUAAAGAAUAAUAUUUCAAAAAAAUCAUCAAAUAGUCGAUUAUAUAAAAAAUUUACAUUUUUCUUAAUUUUUUCAUUCUCAGAUUUGGAAAAAAUUGAGUCUAAUGUGGUAGAUGGAAAAUAUACAGUCAAAGCCGUACCUUUAGUUUUAUAAAUCAAAACGAUAUCAUUUAAUACACUUAGUCACUAAAUUAAAACACAUAAAAUGUCUGAUCACAAAUGAACUAAAUUUGAUGAUUUUUGUAGCAAUUUGUUCUAAAAUAAAAAUUAUUAUAAACAAGUUAUUCCAACUAAUCGUUGCCUCUUGGUAUUCCAAACAAAUCACUGAUCUAACAAAAUCAAAAUUAUAAACAAAAUCAAACCAAGAGACCGUUAUAUACACAAGAAAAUUAACAUGAUUGCAAAAAAAAACUCAUGAGAUUCCAAACAAGAAGACCGUCGUAUACACAAGAAACAAGUCUAAAAACAAGAUUGCGCAAAAACACACUUAUCCAUUAAGACCUCACAAAAGAAUGUCAUAAUAUUAUAUCAAUUCAAAAAUGGCAGAACUAACACAUUAAACAUAAUCAAGUUGACUUAGUAUACAAGUAAUUGAGAGAGUAAAAAUUGUCAUGCUGGUCUUGACUCUUGAGCUUGAACAUUUAUGACUUGUAUUGUAGUAGGGGGCACAAAUCACAAAUAAAUAAGAAAAGUAAAAAGCAAAAUAAUCAGCACACAUUCGUUGCUAAACUAAUCAAGCAUCGCAUCAUUCACGAUGGAGAACACCCAAUUAGACCAACUAAAAAUUCCCACUUACCUUAUUUAAUGAAUAUUCUUUUGGAAAGAAUCGGGAACUGGAAUCUACCCGAGAUCGUUAUAAACUUGUCCCGCUUGCGUAUUAACCGCUGAUUCGACGUCAAUUCUUGUCCCAAACGACACCACAACUCAGUCAGCAGAAUUCAAUUUUUGGAAGGAAUUUUAAAGAGAGAGGGAGCAGAGCCCACCUCUCUCUCUCUCUCCAUAUAUAGGUUUGUAUUGGGGAGCAGGCCUGAGGAGGGUGUUGUAUACGACAAUGGGAGAAGAGAGGGAUGGCGGGAAUAAAAAGGCGGCGGCUUUGAUGAAUGGAUUAAUAGAAGGGAUGCCUGUUUUCGUGAAGGAGCUGAUUGCCGGUGGUGUGGCUGGUGGGUUUGCCAAGACCGUCGUUGCCCCCCUUGAACGCGUCAAGAUCUUGUUUCAGACCAGAAGAUCUGAGUUCCAUAGUCUUGGUUUGUUGGGAUCCUUCUCAAAAAUUGCAAAAACAGAAGGGGUGCUUGGUUUUUAUAGAGGGAAUGGAGCUAGUGUCGCCCGCAUUGUUCCUUAUGCGGCACUGCAUUACAUGGCCUAUGAAGAAUAUCGGAGAUGGAUCAUCUUGGGUUAUCCUGACGUGGGGAGAGGCCCCGUCCUUGACCUCGUAGCUGGAUCAUUUGCGGGAGGAACAGCUGUGCUAUUUACUUAUCCUCUUGAUUUAGUUCGGACGAAACUGGCUUAUCAGGUUGUUGAAUCCUCGAAAACCGCUGUACAGAGGCAUGCUCGGAAAGAUAUAAUCUACAACGGUAUCCGGGAUUGCUUCUCCCGGAUAUACAAAGAGGCUGGCAUGAGAGGCCUCUAUAGAGGCGUUGCCCCAUCGCUGUACGGGAUCUUUCCUUACGCUGGACUGAAAUUCUACUUCUACGAGGAAAUGAAAAGGCACGUCCCCGAAGAUCGCAAGAAGGACAUCACAGUUAAGCUCGUGUGUGGCUCGGUUGCAGGCUUACUCGGACAAACAUUCACGUACCCUCUUGAUGUCGUCAGGCGGCAAAUGCAGGUUCAACGGCUGAUAAUAUCUGACAGCAGUCCUACGAAAGGGACUGUCGAAUCUCUUGUCGCGAUUGUCCGGAUGCAAGGAUGGAAGCAGUUAUUCUCUGGGCUCAGCAUCAACUACCUCAAGGUCGUGCCUUCAGUAGCAAUCGGAUUCACCGUCUACGAUGUUAUGAAGGCGUCGCUAAGAGUUCCGUUGAGAGACGAGGGUGUGACUGGGGUUUCGUCGGGGCGACGACACGGUCAGCAGUCGUCGAUUCCUUCAUCACCUUCAUUAUCUCAAACUCAACAAUAGUCCCUCAUUCUUUCCUAAAGGUAUAUGGUUGAAUGCCAGCUCCAACAUAUAGGAUCAUUUAGUCAAGUAUAUAUGUACAUUGUACACUAGUGAAUUACUUCAAGAUUGAAUAUAGCCAUUUAUUUGAGUCAA